ACUAAGUCAUUGAUAAAAAAAACCCGGGGUUCUAAAACUAAACCCCAAAACCCAUUGCCGAUAUGAAAUUUUUCAUCGGGUUUGUUUUUCGCAUCAAGAUGGGUCGCAAAGCGACAAAAAUUGUACCUACGUGGUCGAAAGUUUAUUACAGUUAGAUUAUAAAACGUUGUGUAUAUUGGAACCUAUUUUAUAGGGAUUCAAGUCAUAAGCAUUAUCGUAGUGUUUUAUUGGGAGAAUAAUUGAUUUCAGAAACUAUGGGAUUUGUAGGUUCUAUUAGGAGAUCUAGAACUCUUCAAUUCAUUUUAAUAUUAAUUAUUGUGGGGGGAGUAUAUUGGUUUUACCCAUUUUCAGAAACUGACGAUGAAAGUUAUACACCUGAAGAAUUAAAUUCUAUCUUACAAAAUAAGGAUAAUGAAUUAAAUUUACUUAAGAAAGUUGAAUUGGAAGCUAAAAGAUUAAAGAGUCCAUUUUUAGAUACUGGAAGUUAUCGUAUGAAUCAUUGGAAUCUUAAAGGAAAUACCAUGAUUAAAAAUUCUGAUUAUAUUAGAUUAACUUCCGAUAAACCUCAUCAACUUGGUAGUAUAUUUGCUAAAGAACCUAUUCCUGCUGAAUCCUUUGAAAUGGAAUUAACUUUCAGAAUUCAUUCUCAAAAUAGUAUUGGAUUAAUAGCUGAUGGUUUAGCAAUUUGGUUACUUGAUGAACCAUCUGACCUUGGGGAUGUUUUUGGUGCUAAAAAUUAUUUUAAUGGUUUAGGAGUUAUGAUUGAUACUUUUAGAAAUGGUAAAAGAGGUAAUUUCCCAUUUGUUAACAUUAUGUUAGGUGAUGGUAAAACAAAAUAUGCAAAAGAAGAUGAUGGUUAUGGUACAAGAUUAGCAGGAUGUAAUACAAGAUAUAUGGUAAAUCCACCAAGUGGACUGAUAAAAAUGAGAUUAAUUUAUAUUAAGAAUGGUUAUUUAUCCAUUGAUUUCAAUUAUGAUGGUGUUCCUGAAGCUUGGAGUAAUUGUGUAACUUUAACAGAUGUUCAAUUACCACCUGUGAAAUAUCUUGGUUUAAGUGCUGAAACUGGUCAGUUAACUGAAAAUGUUGAUAUCAUAGAAAAUAGAAUGUAUGCUUUAUAUAAACCUGAUGGGAAAUUUGUUGAAUCAAUUGAAGAAUUAACAAAUUUAUUAAAUGAUCAACAUAAUAUUGAUGAAGAAAUUAAACUGCUCCAGGAAGAUGUUAAAAAAGAAGCAGAAGUACAAACUAAAGCAGGUAGUAAAAGACCCAAUAUUAAACAAAAGAGACGUUCUAUUCAAAGAUUAAGAAAUGCUGAAAAGAGAAUUAAAGAAAGAGAAAGAAAAUUAAGAUUAGAAAAGUAUGGUGAUGAAGAUGCUACCUUUGUCAAAAGAUCAGUAGGUGUGCUUUUAACAUCUUUAAAAUUCGGUGUCUAUUUUAUAAUAGCGGUGUUAAUAGCUUGGUGUGCAUUUAUUAUUUAUAGAAUUCAAAAGCAAAAAAAGAAGUCAAAAGUUACUGGUUUAUUAGACUAGUUGGUUUCAAAAUUCAAAUAUAUACAAAUAAAAUUGGUGAUGCUCAUGCGAUUAUUUUAAUUUUAUCAUAAUUGUACAUAUACUUAACUUUAUACAUGUAUACAUA